AUGACAAACAACGGUGUACCUCCGAUGCCACUAGAGGCAUCCGGAAAUAUGGCCAUGAGCAUGUCAACUACUACAGCGACAUCGCGGAGGUUACCGAUACGGGGGCCAGUUGCCCAGAGGGCAACUGGCGUGCAAUUUCAGUCGGAUCAAUCCAAACAUCCUAGUCAUACAGCAGCGACCUCGAGCACUUCUUUAACAACAAAUGGCCCGUCUAUGGCCGGUACACGGCCUAAUCGAACCGGCGGCAGAGAAAAAGCCUUAAACAUGCAACGUAUUGAUCUCGCGGGACAGCUCAGCGACCAAAAAAAGCUGUGCACAAAAUUGGAAGCUGAGGUUACUAGUCAACAAGACAAGAUAACUAGCCUUAGCAUUAGCAAGGAAACACUCGAAGCUGAAUGUGAAAGGCUUCACGGGCAGAUACAUGAGGCAGAUGAGAAGUUCAAAUCCCAGACUACCGAAGCUGGACAGCGAGAAGAGGCUAUGUCGAAUAAAAUUACAGAUCUGGAAUACAGACUUAAUAAAGCACUCAAGAGCCUCGAGGAUUUGAAAUUCGACCUAGGCAUGACUCAGUUAGCCUACACUCAGGUUGUCAAUGCUCGUGAUCAGCAAGUCAGCAAGGUCCAACAGCUUGAACUAGACCUUGAGGCGGACCGAGCUAAAAUCCACGUACUCAACGAUUCGUACGACAAUCUACAAGAAAAGUAUUGCAAAGCAGAUCUUACUAUUUCCAAUAUGAAAAAAUCUCAUCGAUCGCGCGAAAGUGAGCUUCAGCAGCGGCUUACUUCCAAAGGCACUGAGGUUAAGGACCUCAAACGAGAACUCAACACCCUUCGGAGUACUUGUGCGGAUGCUGUUGCGAAGAGAGAAGCCGUGGAGAAAGAACUUGACGCUCAGAGUGAUGCCUUCAAGGAGAAAUCCUAUAGCUUCGACGAGCUGCAAAAAACCACCGCACCCUUUGCCCAGACGAUAGUCAUUUGCGUCGACGUUAGCGGAAGCCUUGCUUUAGUCAUGCAUGAGGUCAAACAGGCUUACAGAGAAAUCCUACUUCUUAUCAAGUCGAACAACAGCGAUGCCAAAGUUGCGGUUGUAGUUCAUGGAAGUUGUGUGAAGAUGAAUCCCUCGCCUACCCAAACCAUUUCCAAUGCGACAUUCCAGAUCCUAGACUCCAUCGACGACAUGGACAGCGAGGACUAUACUUAUUGCAUGGAACAAGCCAGAAGUAUCCUUCAUGCAGAUGUUGGCAGCGAAAAGCUUAUAGUACUCAUUGGAGAUGGAAAUGCCCACCGCUCAAGCUCUAGCUCUCUUUUCACAACUUGCGACCAACUGAAGUCCGCGAAUAUUCAAGCACACUCGGUUGUAAUUCACAAUGGCGGAUUUAUGCAUACACCUGAGACGAUGCGAGAUAUUUCGAAGUCUACUGGUGGUCGAGUUGAGGACAAGAAUACCUACUUGUCAGCUAUUGAGGAAAUUCUCCGCGAUCAACGCGAGCAACAUUUCAAUGCCCUUUAG